UUCACGAUAAGUCGAUAACUCAGCUGUCUCCCCGGUCAACGCUUUUCAGACAGACUCUUCUUUAUUAUUCUCAUCCUUCAACACACUCUUCAAGUCUCAUCUCACUCUCUCUCUUUCUCUCUCAUCGCCGUCACUAAGACCGGGCCGUUUAAAGAUGCAUCUUCUCUUCCUCUUCCUCCUUUUCACCUCCGUCUUCUCUCUAAACCAAGAAGGCCUCAUCCUCCAGCAAGUCAAGCUCUCUCUCAACGACCCAGACUCCUCCCUCUCCACCUGGAACUCCCAAGACGCUUCGCCUUGUCGGUGGCACGGCGUCUCUUGCGACAAUAAAAACUCCUCCUCCUCCUCCUCCGUCACUUCCGUCGACCUCUCAAACGCCAACCUCGCCGGCCCUUUCCCUUCCGUCAUCUGCCGUCUCCCCAACCUCUCUCAUCUCUCCUUCUCCAACAACUCAAUCACCUCCGACCUCCCGCUCGACGUCGGAGCUUGCAAGAGCCUCAAAACUCUCGACCUCUCCCAGUGUCUCUUCACCGGAAAGAUCCCCCACACCCUCGCCGACCUCCCCUCCUUAACCUCCCUCGAUUUAUCCGGAAACAACUUCUCCGGCGACAUUCCGGCGAGCUUCGGCAAAUUCGAAAACCUCGAGGCUCUCUCUCUCAUCAGCAACCUCUUAGACGGAACGAUCCCGCCGUUUCUCGGUAACGUCACCUCCCUGAAGAUGCUGAACCUAUCCUACAACCCGUUCGCCCCGGGUCGGAUCCCUCCGGAGCUCGGGAACUUAACGAACCUCCAAGUCUUGUGGCUCACGGAAUGUAAUUUAAUCGGGGAGAUCCCUGACUCGCUGGGUCGACUCAGUAAACUCGUUAAUCUAGACCUCGCGCUCAACAACCUCGUGGGCCCCAUCCCUCGCUCCCUCGGCGGGUUAGCCAGCGUAAUCCAGAUUGAGCUUUACAACAACUCGUUAACCGGAGCUAUCCCGGUUGAGCUCGGGAAUUUAAAAUCAUUAAGACUUCUCGACGCGUCGAUGAACCGGUUAACCGGGUCUAUACCGGACGAGCUCUGCCGUUUACCGUUAGAGAGUUUGAUUCUCUACGAGAACGAUCUCGAAGGCGAGCUUCCGGAGAGCAUAGCUUUAUCUCCCAACUUGUACGAUCUAAGAAUAUUCGGAAACCGCCUCACCGGGGCAUUACCGAGUGACCUCGGCGCUAACUCGCCGCUGAAUCGGAUAGACGUGUCGGAAAAUGAAUUCUCCGGGGAGUUGCCGGCGGGUUUGUGCGCGAAGGGGGAGCUAGAGGAGUUGCUGGUUAUAAACAACUCCCUCUCCGGCGUUUUACCGGAGGGGCUGGGGGAUUGUAAGAGCUUGACGCGUGUCCGGUUAGCGUAUAACCGGUUUACCGGUCGAGUUCCGGCCGGUUUCUGGGGGUUGCCGCAUGUUUCGUUGCUUGAGCUUAUAAACAACUCGUUCUCCGGCGAGAUUUCGAAGACUAUCGGAGGCGCGUCGAAUCUCUCGAUGUUGGUUCUGACCAACAACGAGUUCACCGGAUCUUUGCCGGAGGAGAUUGGGUCUUUGGACAAGCUUAGUGAGUUGUCGGCGAGCGGGAACAAGCUUAGUGGCUCGUUGCCUGAUAGCUUGAUGAGUCUUGUGGAGUUAGGGACGCUUGAUCUUCACGGGAACCGGUUUACUGGGGAGUUAUCUCCUAAGAUCAAGUCAUGGAAGAAGCUAAACGAGUUGAACUUAGCCGACAACGAAUUUUCCGGCAAGAUCCCAGACGAGAUCGGGAGCUUGUCUGUUUUGAACUAUCUUGAUCUCUCUGGUAACUUAUUCUCUGGCGAGAUCCCUGUUUCGUUGCAGGGUUUGAAGCUAAACCAGCUGAAUCUGUCGAAUAACCGGUUAACCGGCGACGUACCGGAUUCUUUAGCGAAAGAGAUGUAUAAGAACAGCUUCCUCGGGAACCCGGGACUCUGCGGGGAUAUCGAGGGACUGUGUGGCUCUGAGGAUCAAGCUAAGAGCAAAGGCUUUGCAUGGCUUCUCAGAUCUAUUUUCGUACUUGCGGUGAUAGUGUUUGUUGCUGGACUUGCUUGGUUCUACUUAAAGUACAUGACAUUCAAGAAAGCGAGAGCCGUGGAGAGGUCUAAGUGGACGUUAAUGUCCUUCCACAAACUCGGAUUCAGCGAGCACGAGAUUCUCGAAAGCUUAGAUGAAGAGAACGUGGUUGGAGCUGGAGCUUCCGGUAAAGUCUACAAGGUUGUGCUCACCAACGGAGAAACCGUCGCUGUUAAACGUAUAUGGACAGGCUCCGUCAAAGAAACAGAAGACAACACCGAUCCGGAGAAAGGCGAGAGACCUGGAUCAGUUCAAGACGAGGCCUUUGAGGCUGAGGUCGAGACGUUGGGUAAGAUUAGGCACAAGAACAUUGUGAAGCUAUGGUGUUGCUGCACGACGAGAGAUUGCAAGCUCUUGGUUUAUGAGUACAUGCCUAACGGUAGCUUGGGAGAUUUGCUGCAUAGCAGCAAAGGAGGAACGUUGGGGUGGGAAACGAGGUUUAAGAUUAUAUUAGAUGCAGCCGAGGGGCUUUCUUAUCUUCACCAUGAUUGUGUACCAGCGAUUGUGCAUAGAGAUGUUAAGUCCAACAAUAUUUUGAUCGAUGGAGAUUAUGGUGCGAAGGUUGCUGAUUUUGGAGUGGCUAAAGUCGUUGACUUGACCGGGAAGGCUCCUAAGUCGAUGUCAGUGAUCGCUGGCUCGUGCGGUUAUAUUGCACCAGAAUACGCAUAUACGCUUCGUGUGAACGAGAAGAGUGACAUCUACAGCUUCGGGGUAGUGAUCCUUGAGAUAGUUACUAGGAAACGUCCGGUUGAUCCGGAGUUGGGAGAGAAGGAUUUGGUGAGAUGGGUUUGUUCCACAUUGGACCAGAACGGAGUAGAGCAUGUGAUAGACCCAAAACUUGACUCAUGUUACAAAGAAGAGAUAAGCAAGAUCCUUAACGUUGGGCUUCUCUGCACGAGUCCUUUGCCUAUAAACCGACCUUCGAUGAGACGUGUGGUUAAGAUGUUGCAAGAAAUCGGCGGUGGAGAUGACGAAAGCCUGAACAAGACAAGAUCCGGCAAGUUAACUCCUUACUACUAUGAAGAAACUUCAGACCAGGGAAGUGUAGCUUGAGAGACAAGAGGAGAAAGUGUUUGUGCCCACAAACUCUCAAUUUUUGGUGUUUGAAGCUGUGAAUUUAGGGCAUUGAGUCAGAGAAUGUUGAAUUUUUAUAGUAUUAUAAAAAAGUUACUAGAUCAGGAAAUGGUGAUUCAGUCUCUACUGUAAAGCUAUUUAGUAACUCUGGCUAGCUUUACAGUGAAAAUGCUGCCAUCUUCUGGCGUUAACAUGCAUUUAAAUAGUUUCCAUAUUUGGGUAAACAGAUUCUAUGUUCUGGUAAGGAACAUGUCUCUAUCUCUAAAGCGUGUGCUCUUCUUUUUAGUGAACUGUUGGAUGCUCGUGUAUGUAACUGUAGAUUCACAUGGCUCUUAAAUUCUACAACUUUUAGAAUUUGCUUUUAAAAGUUUCAGGUUGUGCUGUUUGCUUUACUUA